CUCUUUUCCCUGAUUAUCUUGCAAAUUUACACUGCUUUUCUGUGUUUUACAAGCGGUUCACAUAUCGCAUAUUUAUUUCUUACACUCCAUCACUGACACAUCCUUGAGGUUUCAAGGUCAUUUUAUUUUUAUGUUACUGUGACACUGCCCAAAUACUCGAUCCGCCCCACGCUGGACAGUUUCCGCCCACUUGCAUUACGAUUGCGAAACCUAUUCAACCACGGUUACAGGAUAAUACGUUUUCUUCUUCUGCCCAGACCGUGCGUUAAGUCUAGGUUUAUCUGUUCGUAGUUUUAGUUUAGUUUUCGUACGACGUACUUAGUUUAGGCUUAGUGACGUUGGUACAUAAGUUGAAUAGAGCAAUCAUGUCCGUUUCUGGUGAUUCUUUUGGUGAUGUUAACGUUACUGAUGCUGAGAAACUUCGAAAAGCUGAAUCCCGUAUUCGCCUGUUGGAGUCGGCUUUAACGAGCAUGCGCAUGUUGCAGGCGAAUACCGUUGAUGCUAAGGACUACUGCGAACCUGAAUUUGAGUCGGAUGCUCUUAUUAAUGAACGAUUGCGAUUUAUUCCGGCCGACGAUUGUGUGCUUUCUCCCGAAGUUGCCAUCUGCUCGUCGUUUGUGAAGCCUGUUUAUAGGGGUCCGCACGUCGCAUCCGUAGCUCAGUUGGUUGGUCCGUUGGCAUCCGACAGUACCGGCGUUCGAUCCCAGCCGGGAACGUUUUGCUCCGGCCUUCAAUCUGACGGUAACUUGUGUCCGGAACGCAAAUCCAGUGAAUUUGGACCCAGCACGUCAUCCUGUCUUCCAAAACGUGAACUGAUAACAUUCGAUGGGAAUCCUGCCCGCUAUUGGAUGUUUAUGCGAUGCUUCGAAGCCAAUGUUUCCAGAACUACUUCCGAUCCAACUAUCAGGCUUUCAUAUCUGAUACAAUACUGUUGUGGCGAAGCCAAAGAAGCUAUCGAAAGUUGCUUAAUACUCGACCCUGGUGAAGGUUUUGAAGAAGCAAUGAACAUUUUGCGCAGACGCUUCGGACGGCCCCACAUGAUUGCUAGGACUCACAUUAAUGCUUUAACUGAUGGCCCUAACAUCAGGCCCAAUGAUUUCACAGCUCUGUCUCGUUUAGCUGUGGAACUGCGUUCAUGCUACUUGACGUUGAAACAGUUGAGGUAUGAAUCUGAUUUGAACGCGUCCAGAACAAUCAGCUCUAUCGUCAGGAGGCUGCCUAACCAUCUGCAAUUCAAGUGGGCCGAGCAUGCCGCCAGAGUUAUCCGCACCGAAAGAGAACCGAACUUCAUUGACUUGACAGAUUUCGUGGAUGAAACCGCAGACGUCGUCGAUACUUAUUUGUCCUUUGCCGCACGUCCCUGCGGACUACCGGCAAUCACCGAUAGAGGCAGAAGCUUAAACUCUCGGGGAUAUGCCGCUUGCCUAAACAUUGCCGCUUCAUCAGAACGAAAUUUCCCUAAAUGUCUUUCCUGUGAACAACGCCACUACUUAGAUCAGUGCGAUGAUUUCCGAAAUCUCAACCUCAACAAACGUCUUGAAUUCUGUCGCGCUCAUAGACUGUGUCAGCUCUGUCUCAAACCGAAUCAUGAUUUACUAAAUUGUCGAUCACGAAGGUGUUGUGGGUCGAACAAUUGUAAGCUGCUGCACCACCCGCUACUCCACGUUGAACGAAGCAACUUCGGAACACCAACCACUGAAGGAUCCAGUUUUGCUCUCAGUCACAUCGAACGCUCUGUUGUGUCGCUUGGCUUGUUACCUGUGCUUGUUUCUGGGCCUGCUGGCACCAUUCGAACGUUAGCCUUAAUAGAUAAUGGAUCAGAUACUUCACUGAUUGAUUCAACAUUACUUCAAGUUAUCGGGGUUCAAGGGUCCGUGACGACACUUAACAUUAGCACCGUUGCUGGCCGAUGUCAAGUGGAAUCCCAGUUGGUUAGUGUAACUGUUCGAUCUAUAGAUGGGGAUGAGGCGGUCCAAUUAGAUUCAAUUAGGUCAGUCAGUCGUCUCCCUGAAAAACUCGGAACGAGAAACAGGAACAACGAUUUCGACAGAUGGUCCCACCUCUCCGACCUACAGUUACCGGAGCUGGAAGGAAGGGUUGAACUUUUGAUUGGUUGCGAUAACCCAUACCUACACUGGGCAUUAGAUCAGAGACGCGGGGAUCCUGAUGAUCCGUAUGCUGUUAAAACUCCACUGGGCUGGAUCGUACUGGGACCGAACAAACAGCACGAGAUUAUGAGAGAUCAAUCCACAUCACUGAAAGUUGAUCGAACAGGGAGGAUCAACUCACUUCGCUGCGAUAGCGCUGAUCUUCAUCAAUUACUAGAACAAAUGUAUGAAAGGGAAUUUGAUGGACUAGAUAGUCCACGAUUAGCCAUGUCUGUGAACGACGGACGCGCAUUAAGACUAAUGGAAGCUUCUAAAAGAAAGGUUGGUACCCACUACGAGAUUGCGCUACCAUGGCAAGCCGGGAGACCGAGGUUACCAGAUAACCGACAAUUCGCACUGAUGAGGCUUGCCAUGUUGAAGAAACGUUUGUUGAAGAAUGUCGCACUGCGCCAAGCAUACACCAAGGCAGUGGAAGAAUAUAUAUUUAGAGGAUAUGCUGAACUCGCUCCAGUACAGGAACAGCAGAUAAAGGGGGAAACCUGGUACAUACCCCACCACUCGGUAUCGCAUCCCCGUAAGCCCGGUAAAGUGCGAGUGGUCUUCGAUUGUCAAGCUUCAUACCGAGGUACUUCUCUCAAUCAACAACUUCUAUCUGGUCCCGAUAUGUCAAACAGUUUAGUGGGGACGCUUUUACGGUUCAGGUUUCACCCGAUCGCCGUCGCGUCCGACAUUGAAGCAAUGUUUCAUCAGGUCAAGGUUCCUAUUAAGGAUCGGAAUUGUUUAAGGUUCCUGUGGUGGAAGAAUGGCAAUCUUUGUUCACCACCUAUUGAAUAUCGCAUGACUGUACAUCCGUUUGGCGCUACUUCGUCACCAAGCUGUGCUAACUUUGCAUUACGACAAGCUAUCCUUGAGAGUGAUUGUGAAUCUCAAACAAAGGCUAAAGAAGUAGCAGAAAACUGUUUUUAUGUCGAUGAUUGUUUGUUUAGUGUUGAUUCUGUUCCCGAAGCAACUGAACUCGUUAUACAUCUUACCCGUAUUCUGUCUGACGGAGGAUUUCAUUUGACGAAAUGGAUCAGCAAUCGAAAGGAGGUUAUCGCGCAUCUACCUGACUGCGAACUGAAGGUUCCUGGAAUAAGAUAUUCGACUGGGGAAGAUUGUGUUACAACUGCGCUUGGUUUAAACUGGAACGUUACCCAGGACCACCUAACUUUUCUGCUGGAAGGUUUUAAUAAAACGUUGACCCGAAGAGCCAUCCUCUCGUUUAUAGCUUCCGUUUAUGAUCCUCUCGGCCUCAUUGCUCCCGUGCUACUUCCGGCAAAGCUAUUGUUACAGAGCUUCGUAAAAAGGAAGCUGGAUUGGGAUGAGCCUCUUCCCGCAGAGGAUCAGCAAGCUUGGAGCAAAUGGUUAUCAAACGCCAAUGGUCUGAACAACUUGUCCGUUGAACGUUGUAUUAAUCCAUUCGGAUGCAGUGUAUCUUCUGUGCAGUUGCAUUGUUUUUCGGAUGCGUCUGAGGCUGGUUACGGUGCUGCUCUAUACUUGCGUUGCGAGGUUGAUGAAGGCAAGGUUAGUAGUUCCCUGAUUAUUAGUAAAUCACGUGUCAGUCCCAUUAGAACGGUGUCGAUACCGAGGUUGGAGCUCACUGCUGCCGUACUGAACGUGCGCAUGUCAGCGAAAGUCAGAGAGGAGAUGGCACUACAUUGUAGCACAACGUUCUGGACAGACUCGAUGGUAGUUCUUAAGCUUCUUCGAAGUGUUAAUGGGCGUUUUCCGACGUAUGUUGCUAACCGGAUUACCACUAUACAACAAUACUCUCACCCCAGUCAGUGGCGUUACGUAAAUUCGAAGCAGAACCCGGCUGAUAUAGCCUCACGUGGACUCUCGACGUCGCUCAACAAGGAAAUACACCAAUGGUUACAUGGGCCACAGUUUCUCGUUCAGCCCCCUUCCUCAUGGCCUAUGUAUCCGGAGAAUCUGGGUGAAUUGCCGCUUGAAUGGUUACGACCUGAGGUUGGUCAUGUUUUCUUAGUCACCUUGGAGGAGCACUGGAUUAAUAAAUUUAAGGCUUGCCCGACAUGGACUUCCCUGCGCAAAUAUUUCGUUACCUUGUUGCGAUUCAAAUCUUAUUUCGUCGCCAAAUACUUGAGGCGCGCUGCACCUGACCAACCAGCUAAAAUAGAAAGUGCUGAAAUUCGACAAGCUACGCUUCAGAUAGUUAAGUUGGUGCAGUCAGAAGCUUUUGCGGAGGAGAUGCGCCUCCUUGCAUACAACGAACCCGACAUACCAGUUCGAAAUUUAAAAUCCAGAUCAUGCAGAUUAAGACGACUCAAGCCCUUCCUCAUUAAUGGGAUACUUCGGGUGGGCGGAAGGUUGGAUCAACUCUCGGUACCAUAUGACGCGAGACAUCCGAUUUUACUUCCCGGCCGCCACUUUGUCACUCGCCUUCUUAUACUUCACUACCACUACAUCAAUGGACACUCUGGUGCGCAGCACACGUUAUACGAUCUUCAACGACGCUACUGGAUCUUGGGUGGGCUUUCAUCCAUAAGGCACUUGCUUUUUAAAUGUGCCAAAUGCCGCGUUAACCAUGCGAAGCCACUGAGUCAGCUGAUGGCACCAGUGAUAACGGACCAAUGUCUGAUCUACCAACCAGCGUUCACUGCAGUGGGGAUCGACUAUUUUGGACCGCUGAUAGUGAAACGUGGCCGAGUACAUGAAAAGAGAUAUGGCUGUUUGUUCAGUUGCUUGACUACACGGGCUGUUCACAUAGAGGUUUCCCACUCCAUGGACACCGAUUCGUUCUUGUGCGCGUUUUCGAGGUUUUCAGCUAGACGCGGAUGGCCGAAUGUAAUAUACAGCGAUAAUGGACAGAAUUUCCACGGAGCUGAAGCAGAAUUACGCAAUCUUCUGAAGCAGCUAGAUCAGACGAAGAUCACAAAGUCUAUGUUGGCUAGAGAGGUUGACUGGAAAUUCAAUCCUCCAUGUGCUAGCCAUCGCGGAGGUCUUUGGGAACGAUUAAUUCGAUCGACUCGUGAAUUAUUACGGAACAUUCUCAACGGCGAGGUUGUGACCGAAGAGGUACUUGUAACGACACUCACCGAGAUCGAAAGGAUAUUGAAUGACAGGCCUUUGGUAGCGGUACCUGACUCCCCGGACUCGCAAGAUGCUAUAUCACCUCGGCAACUACUAACGCUUUCAAAUGACCAGUCGCUUGAAUACCCACCGAUCAAUUUACCAAUCAAAAUGAGCAGAAGGUGGAGACAGGUAAGACAUCUGUCUGAUAUGUUUUGGCGUAGGUGGAUUAGAGUAUACCUACCGACACUGCAGAAUAGACAGAAGUGGUUAAAUGAAAUUAGAGAUCUUAGACAGGGCGAUUUAGUGUUAGUUUGUGAUUUACGCACAUCAAGAGGUCUGUGGCCUAAGGGUGUUGUGGAGCAAGUUAUCAAGAGCAAAGACCAACUGGUUCGACAAGCACUGGUGAGGACUAGCAAAGGCAUAUUGCGAAGAGACGUCAGACAGCUGUGCCUACUAGAAGCAUACCAGGAAGAAGAGAAUGAUGCCGUGGAAGCCAUCGUCCGGGAUAGGAAACCGCCGGGGGAGUGUAAAGUCCAAAAGGAACUUUGAUGUAUCCCCAAACUUGAUUGCUUACCUGAGGACACGGUAUCUCUUUUCCCUGAUUAUCUUGCAAAUUUACACUGCUUUUCUGUGUUUUACAAGCGGUUCACAUAUCGCAUAUUUAUUUCUUACACUCCAUCACUGACACAUCCUUGAGGUUUCAAGGUCAUUUUAUUUUUAUGUUACUGUGACACUGCCCAAAUACUCGAUCCGCCCCACGCUGGACAGUUUCCGCCCACUUGCAUUACGAUUGCGAAACCUAUUCAACCACGGUUACAGGAUAAUACGUUUUCUUCUUCUGCCCAGACCGUGCGUUAAGUCUAGGUUUAUCUGUUCGUAGUUUUAGUUUAGUUUUCGUACGACGUACUUAGUUUAGGCUUAGUGACGUUGGUACAU